CCUGCCCUUGGGUCUGAUCCCCGGCGAACACUCGGACGAGGGACCUGCGCCCGGGGAGGCUGUGGCCACCAUGCUCCUGAAGAUCCUCGCCCUCCUGCUCCCCGAGUUCCUGGUAGAUUUGGCUUUUGUGUUUCUGCUCCUGGGUUUGGUCGGAUCCUUCCUGGUUCUACAAUGGAUGAGGGAGCGAAGCACCAAGAUGAAGAUCGAGCGAGCGCAAACGCAAAGAGAUCGCUCCCUGGAACUGAUGGAGAAGACGGUCCUGCGUCGUAAAUCCCGGCACGAGGACAUGGACGUCAGCCGGAUCCUUUCCCUGCCGCUGGUGGAGCUGGUGGAGCAACUGAAGAAAGGAUCGCUGAGCCCGGAGACGGUGCUCCAUGUCUACAUGGAAAAGUCCUUGGAGGUGAACAAAGAAGUGAACUGCCUGACUGACUUUCUGUCGGAGUGUGAGACGCAGGUUCAGGAGGUGAAGAAGCAGCAGGAAAAAGGUCUUCUGUAUGGGGUGCCCAUCACCCUGAAGGACAAUAUUGGAUAUAAGGGGCACAAUUCGAACUGCGGUCUCGUCCACUUUCUGGGGGUGGAGGAUGCUGAGGACUGCGCCAUUGUUCAGAUUCUAAAGAAGCAAGGAGCCAUCCCUUUCGUGAAGACCAAUGUCCCACAGUCCCUGAUAAACUUUGACUGCAGUAACUCCAUCUAUGGACAGACCCUGAACCCCCACAACCAUAAGAAGACGUGUGGAGGCUCCAGCGGGGGGGAGGGGGCGCUGAUAGCAGGAGGAGGAGCCAUACUGGGAGUGGGCACCGAUGUACUGGGAAGCAUCCGGAUGCCCUCCAGCUUCUGUGGAAUCUGCGGACUGAGGCCUUCCGGAGACAGACUAAGUAAUCUUGGAGUCCUUGGUCCGGUCAGUGGGAUGAAGUCAGCGGUGUCGAUGCCGGGUCCGAUGGCUCGGGAUGUGGACAGCUUGGCCCUGUUUAUGAAAGCCGUUCUGUGUGAUGACCUGUUCCAGCUUGACCCCACUGUGCCGCCAGUCCCCUUCAAUGAUGAGAUUUAUAACAGCAGAAAGCGCCUGACCAUUGGCUUCUAUGACACUGAUGGAUAUUUCCUCCCGCAUCCGAGCAUGAGACGAGCCGUGCAGGAGACCAAAACCCUGCUGGAGGAGGCCGGACACAAGUUGGUCCCGUUUCCCCCCAUAAGGAUUGAAUACGCCCUGAACGACCUGUGUGUACGAGGAUUUUUUGCUGAUGGAGGGACAACUCUUGCGGAAAAAUUUCUCCCCGACAUCGUGGAUCCCAACCUGAAGCAGCAGCUCUUCCUGUACAAGAUCCCGAACAUUGUCAAGAAGAUGGCGGCGUUCUUCAUGAGGCCGGUGUUCCCACGAAUCGCCAAUCACGUGGAGGCGCACUGUGGCUGCAGCUCUGUGAAGGAUCUGUGGAAACACUACACAGCGAUUAAGGAAUAUCGUUGCGACUUCAUCUCGGAAUGGCGGAAGCUCGGCCUGGACGCGCUCCUCUGCCCCAUGCUCAGCCCGGCCUUCAAUGUCGGUCACCCCGGGAAGCUCUUUGCCGCCUUUGGCUUCACCAUGCUCUUCAAUAUCCUGAACCUUCCGGUCGGGGUUCUCCCUGUCACCCGCGUUACCGCCGAGGACGAGGCAGAGCUGAAGCAUUAUAAGGGCUAUUAUAACGACCCCUGGGACAAGGAAGUGAUCAAGGCCAUGGAGGGGGGGGUGGGGCUGCCGGUGGCGGUGCAGUGUGUGGCUUUACAGUGGCAGGAAGAGCAGUGCCUGCGCCUGAUGAAGGAGGUGGAGACGGCGACCCGAGGCCGCGUGGACCCCCCGCCAUCCAGCUAGAGGGGCCACCCCGUAGCAGCCCUCCUCCUCAGUCACAGCCCCCGGUCGCCUCCUGCUUGUUAGUCGCUGUUCACACUGCGCAGGGUGGACACACCAGAAACCCCCCAGUGCAGCUGAAUGGCGACGUGGCCCCUCCACUCCCAUUGUAAGCAGCACUGGGGGUCCGGUGUGUACAGAGACCCAGGUUCUAUUUGUGUCGAGGAUUGGGGCAGCAAUUAAAGGGUUAAUCCAGCAUGGCUGCCAGAACAGCGGAAAAAUAAAAGGUGACCCCCC